UCGGGUUUGGGGCGCGCGCUUUGUUUGUCCAAUGUUCCGGCACACCACACAACCACCAAACGGCAAAACGGUCAAUCGCAACAGAGAGCUGGAAAGCACAAACAUAUGCAUCUGUAGAUAUGUAUGUGUGUGUGUGUAUGUGUCUCUCGCUCUUUCUCGCUGUCGGGUGCGAUGUGCUACGGGCAAAUUGCGUCGAAUAUCCUUACAGCCCGUCGCUAGCGCGACAUUAGUUCGCAUCUGGUGUCUGGUGUACUCACACAUCAGCUGUGCAGCAACAUUGGCAACAUUGUACUGAAAGAUGGAGAGCAGUUCCAGUAGCCCAUUGCCGGCCGACGACUGUGGUUCGUCGCCUGCUGACGCACUGCAACCUCAUGUCGCCCCACCGGACGGUGCCGAGAGCGCGCCGAGCGUGCAAGAGGGAAGGAGCACACCCGGCCAGGACCCGGCCGGUCCGGCGACCACGCUUGAGCCGCAAAACCCGCGCCUCCUCUCCUCCCUGUACAGCUUUCUCGUGAUCGUGAGCUUUUUUCUCGUCGGGUUCGCCGCUUUCCGCAACACUCUGACCUGGCAUCUGCAGCGGUUCUGGGGCGCAUCCGGUGACUUCUGGCAGUCGCAGUGGGACCGAUUCAUCGACUUCACCGGCGAAGAUCCGGCCCACCUCUGGGUGGCCAGUACGACCAUCUUCACGAUGGCGGUAUACUGGGUGUUUGGUGGCAUCUACACCCUGUUCGACGUGACCUGCCGGCCCGCCAUCAUCCGCCGGUACAAGAUGCAGCCGGGCACGAACGAGCCGGUCGAUCGGCGCCGGCUCGCGAAGGUGAUCGCGACGGUGCUGCUGAACCAGACGGUCGUCGGGGUGCCGAUGGCGUACUGCAUGUACCAGGCGAUGCGGUUCCGCGGCCUGAACGAUCUGCGCGAGCUGCCCACCUUUCACUGGGUGCUGGCGGAGCUGUCGUUCUGCAUCUUCAUCGAGGAGAUUGGGUUUUACUACGCGCACCGGCUGCUGCACAGCCGGCGCAUCUACCGGUACAUCCACAAGCAGCACCACGAGUGGACGGCCCCGAUCGCGAUCACCGCCAUCUACUGCCAUCCGGUCGAGCACGUGUUCAGCAAUCUGGUGCCACCGUUUUUGGGGAUCUUCAUGCUCGGCAGCCACGUGGCGGUCGCCUGGCUGUGGUUUACGCUCGUGAUACUGUCCACGCUGAACGCUCACUCCGGCUACCAUCUGCCGUUCUUUCCCAGCCCGGAAGCGCACGACUUUCACCAUCUCAAGUUUAACCAGUGUUUCGGUGUGCUGGGCGUGCUGGAUCGGCUCCACGGUACGGACGCACUGUUCCGCACGACCAAGGCGUACGCCCGGCACAUCAUGAUGCUGAGCUUCAUACCGGCCCGCGAGGCGUUCCCCGAACCGGCCAAGAAGGCCUUCUAACUGACACAUUUCUUCACCUAACAGACACACAUUGGAUGUCACAGCAAAUCACCAAGCAUUAGCCACACAUAGCCCACAUGUACGUAAUCCUGGUCACGGCACCAGACUAUCCAUUACAAAGGGAGUGCAGCCGGUUGAGCGAGCUGCGUAGGAGGACACAUUCUGCGAGAGUGCAAAAAAGGAAGUCGCUUCAACAUUGGGUGUGCAUCAGAGAGUUUGGUAUACUACUUUUGCUAGGUACUAUUCACGUUUGGCACCACACAGACAGACACCCAAACGAACCACACUGAACCAUCACGCUAGAAGCCACAGUAGAACAACGUUCGACAUGGACAGUCGCGGAAAUUUCCCCAGAGAGCCAGAGAGAGAGAGAGAGAGAGAGAGAGAGAGAGAAAGAGAGAGAAAGAGAGAGAGAGAGAGAGAAAGCACCUAUUAUUCACUAGUCUGUAGGAUGAGCGGAUUUGUUUGCGCUAAGGGCGCCUAAAAGAGUCGAAAGGAUGCUUUAAUAAACUUUGACAGCAUAAUAAAUUGAACGUAUGAUGACGUCACUGAUUGUACCACUGUAUGCAUUAAUAAAUGGAAAUGGUUUUAGUGAUUUUAUGUACGAUGACACUAUCCAACUGGUGGCAAAUUCUUACACACAUCGUCAAUAGUACUCAAUAGUACUAAACUGUUAUCCAGUUUAAACUCCGGCUGGACAAGUACAAGGGAUGACCUUUAAUUUGGAGCCACUUGUGACUUAUAUGCAUGUGACAAAAAAUAAACCUCAAUACGAAGAGCAUAGCAACCUAUUCUGAAUGAUACAGACAUCUCGGGGAGUCGAGAUCUUGCAAACAACUUCUUAUAACUUCAAAAAGAAUCUAAUAUAUUCAACGGAAUCUUGUGGAAGAUGUUCAACAUUUUGGGUCUCUCAAAUACCAUACAUUCCAGCUGGGAUUCAGUUUCUUGAUUGGAUUAUGUAACAUGGUUUUGCUGUGUUUCUUGUCUCUCUCUCUCUGAGAAUCAAAAACAUAUUCAGUGAACAAACGAGGAUUUUGCCUUUCGAUCCUGAAUAAAGAAGCGUCAGCUAGCUUGAUGUCGCAGAGAACGCCAUAACGGAUAUCCCUUGGUCAUCAGAUCGUGACAAUAUUGUUUAUUUAAAAAACAAACAAGAGCUGCUGCGAUGAACUCUACUUCGGAGGUAAUUAAACUCAGUCACUUCGUAUAAGCUCGGUGUCCAUGUGAAAAGAAUUGGCUGAAGUCGUCUUCAUGCGAUGGAUGUCAUCCUUUGAAGAGUCAGAAGCGUCUAAUGGUGUCGUCUACAGCAACGAUGGUAUCUUAUGACGAGUCGGAAAAGUCGGGAGGAGGCUGAUCUGCAUAGCCGUGCUCAGAUGAUGCAAUGGAAUGAGUGGAAAGAGUACGUAACUGUACAUCUUUUAAUUCCUACACUGGAAUCAGGGAUGUUUCAGAACGAAAGAAGAAAAAAAACACAAUAAUCCACCACCAGGUUAGUCGUUGUGGAUAUAUUUAGUUUCUGCAGUUUUUGACUUUGUAUUUUCUGUUACCACGUUAGCUUACGAGUUACUUUAGCGAUGCUUUAGUAGUGUUUUGUUUUAAAUAGGACCCUUUUGUAACCUGUCUGUCGCUCCCUCGUUCUCAUUCUAUCGCUUUUAACCCAGCUUCUGCACACAAACACACACAGACACACAUACACACACAAACAAACUGAAACCAACACCAGCUACAGCUGUGACGGCCUGUUUCCGUUAAUACUCGAUCACAUUUAAUAUUUUUCUGCAGUAACUGCUCCUAAUCGGCGUGCGUUUAUGUGUGUCUGCGUAUGUGGGUUUGUUUGUACCCUUUUGCUUGUAAAGAGAUAACAAUAUUUUGAGUCCAAUGUAUGUAUCUUACUGUACCGUCCAACUCCAUCCCGUGUCUGCUAACUGCAGCGCUACUGCUGCUGAAAUCUGAUAUUCUGUAAAAGUCAAACCGGUGCCGGAUGAACGGUUUAAAGAGCGCGCCGGUGGCACAUUUUAAAAACGACGCUUUAGUUUGCCCGACCCUCGGCCAUUCGUCGGGCAAUGGAGCCUUCGUCCGUUGGUUAGUUAAACUUCUGGUCGAUUGAUUAGUUAAAUAUGAUUUCUUUUUGUUUAGACACGAAUGCUGAUUGUAUGUGAUGUAUCCGUGUACUUCCAAACUGCUCGAAAACUGCUCGAAACGCAUAGGAAUCCGCGCAGGAUCGCGUGCUAAUCUGUUUAGUUUGAUUGGUGAGUAUUUCUGCAAUAAUUCUUCCUCUUAUUUUUAAAUACUUUUUCCCCAUCCUGCUUACCAGGGAGUACCAUGGAUUUUUUGAGGAACCAGGGCUUGGGGAAGGGGGGAGGGGUUGGUCCUAUUGCUUUUUUGUUCUGACACAGCGCACAGUUGCGAAUAGCAUUGCGAUUGUGUUACGACCACAACAAUUACUACUAUUACAAUUAAACAACCACCCGGGCACCGCUCUUCCUCAGGCCACCACUCCCCUGCGCGAUGUAAAAAUCCUGCGCUUGAACUGCUCGGCAAUGGUAAAGCGCCAACAUGGCGGCAUUGGAUGCCACUACCGACACUACACUUAGGCGUACGUGUACACUGACACAAACACAUAUACGCAAUACAGUUGUGAUGUUAUCGUCAUUGCUACUAAAGAGUACUGCUUAAAAAGGUAUCCCACGGGGCGCUGUUUUGUCACGCCCUCGGCCCUCUCACCUCCCAAGGUUCGUAUAAAGAUUGUGAUGUUAAUGCAAAGGUAACCACACAAACACAAACACAAACACACACACACACAGUUCCAAUCACAUUUUCACUGACUAUAAGCGUCUUCUUGCUAGUGUUAUUAAACGCUCGAUUAAUAUUUAACAAAAUAAAAACGCAACAUUUUGCCUUGCCAUCUUCUAGACACCAAUGAUUUCUUUAUCUUUCUCUCUCUCUCGCUCUCAAACUUUCUCUCUCUAUCUCUCUCUCUCUCUUUGAUAUGCAUUCCUUCCCUCUUCUGGUCGCGCAAUGUGCAAAGAGCACGCUUCCUCGCUAAUGUGUUUUGUGUGGUAGGGGACACGUAACGCGUGAACGGGAAUGAUAAAUAUCGUGUGCACCAUAUGUAUGUAUAUAUGUAUAUAUAUAUAUUAUAUUCAAAUGUAAAUCGUCCUAAUAAUCGUAAUAACGUUUCUCUCUCUCUCUCUCUCUUUCUUGCUUCUGUUCCGCGUGCCGUAAAUACAGGAGAGACGAAACGAAGAAACAAGAAACGCAACGAACGAAAAUCCCUCGUUCCCUACCGCUUUCGAUCACAGUGCCACUUGUGUGUCGUGACAGGUCCUUUUCUUUUUGUUUAAAAAUAUAAAAAAUAUAGUAGAUAAAUAUUUUAUACGUUUAAUGUGGUGUAUAUCUAUGUAGUUGUAGCGUAUAUACGUAACAGCAAUGGCAUUUAAUAAUUAAAACACAAAAAAAAACGCACGUACGAAGCCUUAACCAGCUACUACCACACCAUCAUCGUUCGUUUUGGCAAGAAUAGAAUAGAUUGAAAUCUUUACAGGCGACACGAGUAAAACACGGUUCAACAGUGGUGGUGCGCACACACACACACACACAUACGCUCAACUCGACUAAUAUCCAUUUUCCGCCCGCCAGUUUAAAAUAAUCCCGGCCUGGGGAUCUCAUAAAUUAUUAAGCAAAAACGAUUAAACGCAACGAAACUAUGUACAGCACGGUUGGCACGUCCGGGACCUCGCGGCGAAAGGCGCAGGGUUGAUCUUUACCCUUGCUCUUUUUGCCGCCGGUUCCCCCCCCCCCCCUCCUUCUCCUCCCUCACCAUUUUCUUUUCCUAUCGCUCGCGCUUCCAGCGACGCUAUAAUAUCGAGAAAUCGAUUCUUAAACUAAAUAUUGCAAACAACAAAAAAAAAAACGUUUAAAUUUAACCUGUGUUACAGAGCAAGAUUCGCACUUUUGUUUGUUUUUUUCUUCCGUUUUCCUUUGAUUUGUUCUUCUCCCUAUGGAGCCUUUUUCCAUCUGAAAUCCUUCCUAAUGCACAAUCAUCUCCCCUUUUUUUCCGCAAAGGG